AUGGAUGGUUGUCUAGAACGAAUACCAUUUGUUUCAUUAAUCGCUCUACUUUUGGUGGUGUGUGGAUCGGGGAUCAUGUGUGGCACAAAUUUUGAGGCUCUUAAACGUAUCGACGAUUUCUUUGAAGAUAGAUUUUAUCCAAUUGAUGAGCCUCAAGUCUUCCGAACAUUGGGUAUCAUGGUUUGUGUUCUAACAAUGGUCCUCAGCAUUGCCAGUGUCAUUGUAGGAACAGUAACAACGGGCGACACACGUUCUAAAGUCUAUUCCGAUAAACACUGUGUUAUGUGCGGUCAUCGUUCGUCGCGUCUUUUGUUACUUCUGGCUUAUUCAGCCACAUUGGUUUGGCUUUUUCUUUUCAUUGCUUUGGCUGUACCGGUUUUUCUUUGGGCAAUGAUACACGUGGUUUGCAGAGAAGAGACAGAUUACUGGCGAAAUAUUAGUGCUGAUAAAGACGAAAGAGAAUUUACCUAUACAUUCAACCUCACUCAUUAUGGCCUUUAUCGCCGACCAUUGGAUACUAGCUUAUGGAAUGAAUACGUGAAUUCACCAAGUGCAUUUACGCAACUUUGUCAAGAGAUUUCUACUAUUGGACCACUAUUUGCAAGUGCUUUGAUCGCAUCCUUCUUGGUUAUUCUAGGUUUGAAUAUAUUCAUCGCGUGUUUAUCUACAGUUCCGGAACGACUGCAGUAUUUCUUUGAAAUUGAUCGCUAUCGGAAACUAGUGAACUCAUCGCCUCAAACAGAUCCAACGUGCUUGGAAGAAUAUUCCCUUCAACCUUUGUUACAACAACCACAAUCUAUUCAUUCCAUUGGUUCAUGUAUUAAAUCGAAUACACUGCAUUUCCCUCCGGACAACAUGGAUAUGAUACACCCUUUCAUGAAUUCAACACCAUCUGGCAUGCGUCUUAUAUCGAAUCCAAACAUAUAUAACGAUUCACAAAUCUCUCAACAAUUCUAUUCUCACAAACCUUUAAGGCACUCUACUUACUCGCAUCAGUCAGCUAAUUUGAGUAACAAUUACUAA